AUAAAACUGUAGCCCGUGCCAUAAAGAAGUGCGUUAUGAAAAAAAAGUUGGCGGGAAACCACAAACUUUAAAUCGUCGGCACUGGAAAUUUUCAUUUGACAUAUAAAUUAUUCACAUGUGACGUUUACUUCAUUGUACCCAAAACAAAACAGUAUUGUUAUUAGUGUUAAGUUUAAACAAUUCUAUUUACUGUUAGUAUUUCAGUGAGUGACUUUUAAAUACAUAUAUCUCAUGGAUGAAACAUUUGUGCAUUGCUCGGAAUUCACCAGGAUGGCAGAUAUCGAAAAUAGCCUGGAAAAUAACGAUGACUUACCAGGUGUCGCAGAGGAAGAGGAGGGCACAGAGUUGGAACUUGAAGCGCUGUACAGGCGAUAUUGUGUCAGAUUGAAGCAUGCUCUGUUCGUGUCAGCUCUCUGCGUCACAUUACUGUGUACUCUAGUGCUAUUGUGUGCUGUCUGUGUUCUACAUUCACAAGAACUGUCAACCCAAGUAACAUCAAUAUCAUCGUUAUCAGUGAUCUCCUUCAUACUGUUAUCAGUAUUGGCGCUCGCGUUAUUACCAGCAGCCGCAGAAUGGGAGGCUUUCGCGCUGACUGGCUCCGUCUUAGUCACAAUAAGCCUCGGUGCUGGUACGCUGAUGGCAACUCAUCAUGCACCAUUGCCACUCUUUGCAUUAAUUUUGAUGGUGCAUACAAUGAUGCCUAUAGCUCGUUCAAUAGCGCUUGUAAUGGCGACAGCACUUACCCUCGCUUAUAUCGCUUUGGCUGUGGGCUUGGGUCCAAGAGGGCAGGAAGAUCAGUUUUAUCAACAGCUGAUAUGUGAGCUAGCACUCCUUCUAUCAGCCAGUGGUAUUGGUUUAUACUACCGGGCGCUCACAGAGAGGGCUCAUAGAAAAACCUUCGCCGGCACCAGAACCUGCUUGGAACAGAGGGUCAAACUCGAGUGCGAGAGGGAGCAGCAGGAAAGUCUUUUGCUGUCUGUAAUACCAGCUUAUAUCGCCGCUGAGGUAAAACGAUCCAUAAUGUUGAAAAUGGCUGAUGCGUGCGUAGAUAGCAGCAAGCAGACACGCUUCCAUGAAAUGCACGUGCAAAGACAUAACAAUGUCAGCAUAUUAUACGCAGAUAUCGUCAACUUCACGCCGUUAUCUGAGAGACUCAGUGCUUCAGACUUGGUGAAGACACUGAAUGAACUAUUUGGAAGAUUCGAUCAAAUUGCGCAGGAGAAUCAAUGUAUGAGGAUUAAGAUCCUGGGUGAUUGCUAUUACUGCGUUUCGGGACUUCCGGUGUCGCGGCCUAACCAUGCCUACAACUGUGUCAAUAUGGGCUUGCUAAUGAUUGACGCUAUACGCUUCGUCCGUGAAGCAACAGGCUUUAAUGUCGAUAUGCGAAUCGGCAUCCACACAGGUAAUGUUCUGUGCGGCGUGCUCGGUCUCCGAAAAUGGCAAUUCGACGUCUGGAGCGAUGAUGUCACAUUGGCAAAUCAUAUGGAGUCUGGUGGGAUCGCUGGACGUGUUCAUAUAACAAAAUCAACAAUGCUGCAACUUGCUGGAAAAUUUGAGGUGGAACCAGGUGAUGGAGCUUCCAGAGAAGGAUACUUGGCUGAUCACAAAGUGGAGACAUAUCUCAUUGUACCUCCCAAGAAACCGUCGGAUAAUGGCCGUCUCUCUGUAUGUACGAUAGACCGAAAAGCGAGCAUUGUAUCUUCUAUAUACCAAGACGUAUCACCGACGAAGCCGCGGGGGAAUAUUAGUCCGGCUCCGUCUCAACACAGUUUUAAUGAACAGGAAGGGACCAAAGUAAUGCGAGCCGAGUCCAUGAGGAAUCCAGAUCUUAGCAGACGCGCUUCAGUAAAAGUAGACGGACAUAAAACGGUGGCUUUUGAGAAUAACAAUACUGCUAAUCCAGGAGACACUUUGGGCAAUGGCGCUUUUGUUAAACCUAAAAGUAGGAGUGGAUCUAUUAUUGGAGCUAUUAGUCCAAUAAUAGGAACUGAGCGCAAGUCGGAUACACCGACACCAACCAAGGAGCACUCAGCGCCGAUAUUCACGCGAAUGUUGAGCACAAUUUCUAUGGAUUCUACUUCAAUACCUGGCGUCCCGAGUAGGUCUCGGCCGUCAAGCAAAAUGACAAAGUAUGUGGAGUGUUGGGGCGCCGACAAACCUUUCGCAAAUAUUACUGAUUCGACUUUAGCCAAAAAUAUUGGCAUUUCGAGUCUGGCUAUGAUCGAGCAAAAUCUACUCCCACAAAGAACGUGUUGCGAUUGCAGCACUAAUUCAGAAGGCAUGAGCCGUAUCACCUUAUGGUUCAAAAAUAGGACUCAAGAGAAUCAAUAUCGCAGUCAACCAGACACACUAUUCAAAUACUAUGUGGCCUGCGCGUGCGCAUUAUUUCUUUUAUUGGCUUUUAUUCAGCUGAUAACUUUACCUAAAGGUAUUGUUCUGUACGCAUCAUUUGGCCCUACGUUGCUAACGUUAAUCGUGUUUUUGUACUUGUCGUGGUAUGACGGACAAUUCCCUUCAAGGGGGAUGCAUCUUCUAUCGGAUGUCCCGGAUAUUUAUUCAGACAACUGCACUAAGCCUGGACAGGUGGUUGCCAGUAACAGCUACAUAAGAUUGACAAUGUUUUUAGUAUCAGCAGUUUUAAUCGGCGCCUGCGCAGUUAUUAAUCUUUUCCAAACAUAUCUGAUCCAAGAAUUUCCGACAGAAGUCUGGGUGAAGAAUUACACUAGUGAAAAUGGGACGAAUAUCACUGGAAUCACAAUUAAUAUCGAUGUUGAAUCCGCUCCGAGUUACCUCUACAGCUCAGUACUAACUCUAGCUUCAAUAUCCGUAUUUCUUCGAAUCGGAUUUGUUCUGAAACUUGUUCUGAUGGUAGCGACUCUGGUAACACACAUCACACUUUUCGCCUCCGCGGAACUGUUCAGUCAGUACCAGUACCGGGAUUUUGACAGCGAAUUCUCAAUGCUUCCAUAUUCAGCCAAAGCGGGCCUAGUACUAGUCUUUCUAGCGGCACUUCUACACAUACUGGACAGGCAAAUCGAAUUCACUUCUCGAACCGACUUUUUAUGGAAAGACAAGCUAAAAUUUGAGCAGGAGGAAGUCGAGACUAUGAGAGGAAUUAAUAAGAUUUUGCUAGAAAAUAUUCUCCCUGCUCACGUCGCUCAACAUUUCUUGACUUCAGUUGCUUCCAAGGAGGAAUUAUACCACGAGCGUUACUCGAGUAUAGCGGUUAUGUUCGCUUCGAUUCCCAACUACAAAGAAUUUUACGAUGAGACGGACGUCAAUAAGCAGGGCUUGGAGUGCUUGAGGCUGCUCAACGAAAUUAUUUGCGAUUUUGAUAAGUUAUUAUUGAAACCCAAAUUCAGCUGUAUUGAGAAGAUUAAGACUAUUGGUAGCACUUAUAUGAUCGCAUCUGGACUUAGACCGGGGAAAGAAGAACCCACCGACGCAAGCCGGAGAGAAGAACACACAGUUGCCAUUUUAGUUGAAUUUGCAUUCGCUCUCAUGACUAUACUGGAACAGAUCAACCGAGAAUCCUUUCAGAGAUUUAAACUGAGGAUAGGUCUAAACCACGGCCCCGUAAUAGCCGGAGUAGUGGGCGCUCAAAAGCCCCAAUACGAUAUUUGGGGUAAUACAGUGAAUGUUGCCUCUCGGAUGGACUCCACGGGUAUGAUGGGACGGAUACAGGUCACAGAAGAUACCGCUAAAGUACUAAUGAAUGCCGGCUACACUUGUGAAUGUCGUGGUCCCACAUUCGUUAAGGGCAAGGGGACUCUAGUUACAUACUUCGUAAAGACACCCAAUGCUGGUAGUGGAUUAUGAAUACUCAAAUGUGAUUUUACAAUACUCAUUAGAAAUUAUAUAAGUUUAUUGCCAGUAUUUUAAAUGUUUUCCCUCUAUUAUUUAAUAUAUAAAAAAGUGCGUGCGUACAAAGUACACAUGUCAGAAGUGAAACUUUUUUGGCAAACUA